AUGAUUUUGGAUAAAGAUUUGUAAAUUUUCAUGGAGCAGCGGAUAGAUUUAAUUUGCAACCAAAUGUACCAAUAAAAUUUUUUGAAGUCUAUUAUCAAUGCUAAUAGGCUAAAGUUUCUGCAGAAAAUAGAAUAUGUUUUGAAUAAAUUUAAGAAACAAUAAAGGAUGUUGCAAGUGAGAAAUAUAAUAUUUUUUUUAACAAUGGAACGAAAAGUGGAAAUACAUUAUUAAGCAGGCUGUCUCUUGAUAAAUUAAAUUAUUCAGAAGUAGAUAAGAAUGAAUUAAAAAGUCGUACAAAUUGAAAAUAUUAAUAAUUGA